UCUGGACUGCGAAUACAAUAAGCUCCGGGUGGAUCAGCGGUCCAUCAGCUUCUCUUCUCUUUGCGUUUGUUAAGGAACAAGCCCCCUUUCCGACCGAGAACUACACAUUUUUUCCCAUCACUUGCCUGUCGUAGAUAUCCGCUCCUGCCUUGUUAGUAUAUCGACGCUCGAGAGGCGUGACUUCUGCUUUUGAAGAAUAGGGAAGGACUACGUUCAUCCUGACGCGAGUGCCAAACGACCCCAUUCUGGAUACAGUCCAGCGAUAGCUGCCGUCGAAGGGAAGCGUGUUCGCCUUCUCCUUGAAGACAACGUUGGGCGGCCAGUGAUUCAGAGGGACUGGAAAGCUGAUGAGAAUAAACAGUCAACCAUGGAUAUUCCCGAAACAAGAAUCCUGCAUCCGAGGGAUGUACUUCGCCAGGUUGCCGAAUCAAUGGAUGGGCAAUGCAAUGAACUUUCUGUUACCCUCCCUGUGUGCACCAGUUGGAGGGCUGCCAUUCAAGCUGCCGAAGCAGCCCUAGGUGAUGUUGAUGAACCGUUUAUUCUGAUGCCCCCCGGAACUGGCAACCGUCGAUUACUUCAGGAGAAAGCACUCCAGUCAGCUUCAGAAUCGCCAUCAGAGAAUGUUUUAGGUCGCCCAAUUCGAACAAGUGUCAAUAUAAAGACGGCGAAGUCCUGCCUGGCUCUAAGCAGAGCAGCUCGCGAGCAUCUCCACAAGAUGGCUGAAGAGGCUGCUAAUGCAGAAUUCUGAGAGCUAUAUAUACCACUCCAGCCGGUGUUAGGAGAAGGGUACCUCCCUACUAUUCAUGCAGAUCUUACUUUACGAGGUGUGGAUAGCAACGAGACGGACCCUACCUACAAGCUCGAAGGGAUUAAUAUGAUAUUCGAUAUGGGGGCCCACUGGACUAUUAUUGCAGAAGACCUUCUCUCUGCUUCUUUCUGAGAAUAUCUGAAGGACUCGGUUCACGACCC